AUGGAUCCAGGUUCUAUAUUUGGCGUGAUUUCUGGCGCAGUUCAGCUAGUGCAGGUCAUCACACAGACCGCUGCGGGGUUGGCGACGUUGCGCGAGAAGUUCAGCCACGCAGAUCUCACAAUUCGGUCACUCAUUGGAGAGUUGGUGACCAUCAAGUCUGCCAUUACACAGCUAGAUGAGUGGGCAAGAUACAAUACUCGCGACACAGCUGAAGAAAAUGAAUAUGACGAGGGUCUCUUUGUUGCGCUGGAUGGCUGUCGGGCCGUCAUGGACGUCUUGUCCGAUCAGGUCGCUGCCCUCACCAGGGGCAAUGACACACAGUUUGGGAUAGGUACUCGUGUAAAAAUUUUAUGGAAUGAGGACAUAAUGCGAGCCCAUCAGGACAGGUUAAUGACCGGUAAAUUUGGGCUGACCCACCGCAGUCGAUCGACGUCUGAGCAAGUCGAACUACUUCGCAAAGCGGAGAACCGUCAAAUCAUCCAGAAGGUUGCCAGUGACACAGCGACACUUCGGUCCUCAAGCAGCUACGCAGCCUCCCGCGCCGAUAGCUCCAGCCUGAGUUAUCGCCAAUCUUCGUCCGGAGAUACUAUCUUUGACUUCGAUCGAAGACUACUUUCCUCUCCCCCUUAUCGUCGUGUACUCCAUCGUUCAUGGUCAAGAACGGAAUCACAAUCUACUGCUAGUAAUGGCAACGAAAGCCGGAGUACCGAUGAAGGCUACGGCAGCGGUUCGGUGAACAGACCAAAUAUGCCACGGGCAAGCAGUCUUGUACUGCCAGUUCUACCAUAUGACACAAUCCGCCCGGGACAUGGCCAUAGUAAGAGUGUAUCUUUCAGACCCUCUAACGUUCAGCCGAAUUCAACACAAUUCCAGAGAUGGCAAUCAGACUCCACGUCCUCUUCCCCCAUCAGCCGCUCUUCGAGCUCCAAGCGGGAAAAGAUUCGUGCAGCAUUCCGGCAACUAGGUCGCUCUAAGUCGGUGGCUCAAGCUCCCAUACGAGCCCUAACAGGCGGGUCAACGGCAGCACGGCGGAUCAAUGGACGAGAUAUGCAUACCAGCAUCGACCUUACAACACCCGAGGGAGCCGCUGCACCACUUAUUGUCAAGACAGCCCAGUCAGGCUCUCGUUCGGAUGUUGAGAGGCUUAUAGAAAGUUGCCAUGAUAUUGAAGCCUGCCACGUAAAUACUCGAAGAAAUGCAUUACUGGUGGCAUCGCACUGUGGGAACGAAGAAAUCGUUGAAUUGCUCCUUCAAAGAAACGCUCGGCUGAAUGUCACCGAUAAGUCAGGGUCGACUGCCCUGCACCUUGCUGCCUCUCGCGGUCACUGUGAGGUUCUCAAAUUGCUUCUUUUGGAAGGCAGCGACACGGAAGCCCUAAAUACUAGGGGCAGAACUGCGCUCUGGCUUGCAGCAGAACGUGGACAACUUGAAGCCGCAAACAUCUUGAUUGCUGGUCUAGCUAAGGUUAACACGCGCGCUGAAAACCAAAUGACUCCGCUGCAUACUGCCGCAAAGGGGGGCCAUGAAGCUGUUGUUGAAUUUUUGGUUUUGAAUGGCGCCGACUUGGAAGCCAGAGAUGGAACGAUGAUGACAGCACUGCACCACGCCUGCGAAGAAGGUCACUUAGGCGUGGUUGAGCUUCUUCUUAACCACAAGGCGAACAUCGAUGCGGUUGGAAGUGAUAACAGGACGCCCCUUAUCUGUGCCGCGGCGAUGGGCCGGUUGCAGGUGACACAGGCUCUGCUAAAGAGAAAAGCAUCCACUAGACAGGUCGAUGAUGCUUCCAUGACAGCGUUGCACUGGGCUUCUUACAAUGGACACACAGAAAUUGUGGACCUUCUGAGUCAGAAGAAAGACAUUCUAGCUAUGACCAACAUUGCCGGUCGGUCAGCUCUGCACUUGGCUGUCCUGAAUUCUAAAUUUGCCGUGGUGGAAUUGCUCCUUCGCAAGCGUGCUCCAAUGGAAACGCAGUGCCAUUCCGGGUUUGCUCCGCUUCACUAUGCUUGUAUCACUAAAACUGAUUAUACUGGGAUUGUGAAGCUCCUGCUCAUCUCGGGCGCCAAUAUAGAAGUGCAAACGAAGGAUCAACAAAGGCCAAUUCAUCUCGCCGCAGCUCGCGGAUCUAUAGCAUUGCUUAACUUACUUUGCGAUAAAGGCGCAUCUUUGAUAGCUCGAGAUGCCAUUGGAGACCGGGCGCUUUGUGCAGCAUGUCGGUAUGGGCACACAGCUGCAGUUCAAUGUCUCCUAGAUCGGGAUUCACCUCUAUCUCUACCGUACGACGAUAAGUUGCAGGAAGAUUCUCCUCUUUGUUUGGCCGCAAUAGGAGGUCACCUGCCCAUUGUAACACUUCUGCUUCAGCGUGGCGCUUCCGUCCUAAAAAGGGAUGAACAGGGAUGGCAGCCGUAUCAUCAUGCAGCACAUUACGGGCAUGUAGAUGUUUUGCGACUCUUGCUGUCCUGUAGUCCCACGGGAUGGGUCAUGGAGGGAGCCGGUGAGGGCUUUACGACGGAAAGGAUUGGACUUGUUGAGCGAGUCACGACGGCGGCCAGUGGCAACGACCCAGAGCAGUCCGCCCAGGAUCCCUCCAUUUAUGGGUGA